GCUAAGAGGGAAGCUAAAGCAAAAGAGGGUGGAUCAAACGGAGGCCAAGAGGAGAAUUCAGUUGAUGACAUUCCAGCUGUGGCCAAUUCUACUGAAGCUAACCCUGAUCAAAAUGCUAUCAAGCCAGGGUCUGAGGCAGUAGGUGUUAAAGAACAAAAUGCUAGCUAGCCAGGGUCUGACACAAUAGGUGAUAAAGCACAAAAUGCUAGUAAGCCAGGGUCUGAGGCAGUAGGUGACAAAGCACAACAUGAGAAGAAUGAUUGUCCUUGGAUUAUUUAUUGUGCUAGGAACUCUAGGUCCGGGGCCUAUCAGAUUAAGACCUUUAAUCCUGUGCAUACUUGUGGUAGAGAGUUUGGAAGCAACAUGGCCGAUCAAAAUUGGGUUGCGGAGAAGUUGGAAAAAAAGCUUCUAAGUCAGCCAAGGCUAACCCAUGCAGAGGCUUGGGAUCAUAUCAAAAUUGAUUAUAAUGUGAUUAUUAGUGAUAAGAUGUUGUACAGAGGUUUGAAGAUAGCAAGAGAGAAGUAUGUUGGUAAUGAGAAGGCUCAAUAUGGAAAGCUUAGAGAUUACCUACAAGAACUACACAGAAGCAAUCAUGGUUCAACUGCUCUGUUAGCAGUGGAGCCAAUUCCCCAGUCCCCUCCACUGUUUGACAAGUUAUAUGUGUGCUUGGAUGCGUGUAAAAAGGGGUUUAGGGCUGGUUGUCGACCGUUGAUAGGGUUAGACGGGUGCUUCUUGAAGGGUUAUUACGGAGGACAACUGCUGUCGGCGGUGGCACAAGAUGCCAACAAUCACUUUUACGUGAUUGCAUACGCAGUGGUUGCUAGUGAGACUAAAGAAAGCUGGAAAUGGUUUUUAGACUUGUUGCAAAAUGACUUAGGCCCUACUGCAGUUGAAGGGUGGAACUUCAUCAGUGAUCAGCAAAAGGGUCUGAUGCCGGCGAUGAAGGCGGUUAUGCCGAAUGCCCAUCACAGGAACUGUGUUAGACAUAUAUGGAAAAAUUUCACCAAUAAGUACAAGAGCAAGCAAUUGAAGAAUGUCGUAUGGGCUUGUGCUAAAAGCAGUACGAAGGCAGAGUUCAAGGAGCACAUGAUGAGACUAAAGAAGGUAAACAAGGAUGCAUGGGCUUACCUUGCAAAAUUCGACCCUGGAUGCUGGACAAAAUCACAUUUUAGUCACUGGCCGAAGCUAGAUAACAUCACCAAUAACAUGACAGAAGUGUGGAAUGCCAAAAUAGUACACUACAGAGGAAAACCCAUUUUGACAAUGCUGGAAGAAUUGAAAUGCUACAUCAUGAGGAGGAUGGCCCAGCAUAAGAGAGUUUUGAGCACCUACACAGGCAUAGUGGCACCAGUGCAACAAAAGAGGAUUGAUGACAUCAUGAAAGAAUGCAAAUACUGGACUGCUCAAUGGACUGGUGAUGAUGCCAGACAAAUUUUUGAGGUGCAGUAUCACAUGAAGAAAGUGGGGGUGGAUCUAGGAAACAGUACAUGUUCCUGUAACAUGUGGCAACUUACAGGCAUCCCUUGUGUGCAUGCAAUGGCUGCAAUUGGCAAAAGAGGGGAUAGACCAGAGGGAUAUGUCCAUCAAUGGCUGAAGAUGGAUGCAUUCAGGGCUACCUAUGCUCACUCCAUAAGCCCUGUCAACAGUGAGGAAUAUUGGGAUAAAUCUGGAGUAGUUAGUUCCAUACCCCCCAAAAUUAAGAGACCAAUUGGGCGUCCUGUGAAGCGAAGGCGACCUGAUGCAGUGGAGGACGGACCUGAUGGGACAAAGGCCAAGAAGACCUUCAGAGUUACAUGCUCCAAGUGUGGAGAUAUUGGUCACAAUUCCAAAACAUGCAAAGGGGCACCCCAACAAGGAUCAUCUUCAAAGGCCAAAGGAAAGAAGAAGCAGGCCCAGCCACAGUAUGAGAUGGCUGACGAUUGGAUUUUUGACGUCCCAUUAUCUCAGAAUGAAAGAUCUGUAGAAGGUAGCCUGGAAAUUCCUAAUACUGCCUCUCAUGAGACUCAAACUGAAAAUCCUCCCUCACAAGCCACAACUAAUGUCUCAAGCAAACUUAAGGCUCAGCAACCGUUCAGACGUCCGAAGCAAACAAUUAGGAGGUCUCAGGUACAGGAGAGUGUCCGUGCAGAUACGACUGCAGCUACCACCAGUCAGACAGCAUCUGGAAUGUUUAAAUUCAUCCCAACACCAGGCUUGAACCAAUCUAAGAAGAAAUGA